AUGGCUGAUUUAUCUCAUAAUAAUAUUCAUCCUGAUCCUAAGGAUGAUGUUGUUGCUGUCGAUGCGACAAGCCCAUUCAGCCUUGAUGAUGUGCCUGUCUCCCAGGAGGAAGGUGCCCAGGGUGAUGGUCCGACAUGGGAGCAGACUCCUGUUACCAACAUCACCCUGUCGGCUCUGGAGAGAAUUUUUUGUAUCAAGGACCGCUCCUCCGCCAUCAGGCUGCCCAACCAUCACAUCAAUAUUGUUCUUGACUCUGAUCUCAAGCUGUGGUCCAACAACACCAAGCUCUUGUGGAAAGGCUCAAAGCAUUUUCUGGAUUUCAUCCUUGUAGUGUUGGACCCCAUCAGUCUCCAUGCCUUCCUCCUUAAGACCAUCACUGACCACAACUUCACAUUGACCCUGAAUCUGCGCCUCCAAUCUCGACAAUUCAGUCUCAAGUUCGCAACAUCAAAGACAUCACUCUUGCCAACGAGAGCCCACUACAACAACAACAACAACUAUGUCAUGCUACUGGAUGCCAUACCACCUGCCAUCAUUGCGUCUGCAUGUCAAUUCUACAACAAGGACUCCCUCACCAAAGCUAGACUCCAUGGACCGCACAAAACGAAAUGGAACAUAACUGUAUUCAUGCCUGAAGUUUACCAAUGGAUGAUGUUUGGCAUCACCUCCCUUCUCAAAUGUAUAUGGGAACAUCAACUUCCACUCCUUAAGUUGGACAAGAAACCUUUGCCUCAAAUGAUUGAGAUCUGUGCCAUGUUGGAGCGCGCAUUGGUGUAUGCCUAUAUAGGCAAUAUUUUGACCUAUGGCCUGCAGCAUUUUGAGAUGUGUUUUCUCACUUCUCCUGGGUCUAGAGCUAAAUUCCACAUUCAGCUCUCCAUCUACAACCCGACACCUGGUGUUUUCAUGCAGUACGACCAGAAUAUUUGGCACACCACCAUCAUCACUAGAGUUUAA